GAAGGUUCAACGAAUUUCGCAUCCUCCAUACGCGUUGGGUCCCAUAUGUGACGUCAUUCCCUCCUUAUAAAAGCCAACCAUCUACAACCUUUCAUCUCGGUUUAAAACACCAAAGAAACAAAUAACAAACACUUUCUCUCUCCUAUCCUGCCAAAAAAAAAUAAAAAAAUCAAAAACAAACUUAAGCAAAAACCCCUAACAAUGGUGGUGGCCGUUGAUGCUAACGAGAAGAAAAGUGGAAGCAGUCUUAAGUUUCUAUGCAGCUACGGCGGUAAAAUCCUCCCUCGUUCCACCGACGGGAAGCUCCGUUACGUCGGAGGUCACACCAGAGUCCUCUCCGUCGAUCCUUCCAUCUCUUUCGAAGAGCUCACGAAGAAACUAUUUGAAUUCUGCGGAUACUCCGUCGAUCUCCGAUGUCAGUUACCUAACGGCGAUCUCGAGACUCUAAUCUCCGUCAAAUCGGAUGAGGAGCUAGCGAACAUCGUCGAAUUGCACAAUCGCGUCUCAGGAGCCAAAAUCAAAGCCGUUCUAACGCCUCCUCGUAGUCAUAAAUCGCCGUCAUCUUCGAGCAGCGGUGGCGGCGAUCGAUCUCCGAACUCUCCGUUCUCCGUCACGCCGUCCCCGCCGAACUCGCCGGCGUUAGCGUACGGGAGGUGUCUACAGUCUCGGUAUUGUCUACCUCCCACGGGUCUCGCGAGAAGAUUCCAUCAGAGAUCCGGUGAUUCCUAUUGCUACGCGUGUCGUGUUCACAAAGGCUCUAGACUCAUCUGGCAUUAACGGAAACUUGGAAUAUACUGCAUAAGAUACGAUUAUACCAACGACGAUGAUGACAAAGAAGGAAAUUAAAAUUAAGAAAUUAAAAUUUGGGUGCUUAAUUUUUUUAUGAUUUGUUUGAGAAGAGAAGAGAAGAAUUAAAUUUUUCCAUUAAUGGUGGGAGUUAUAAUUUAGACGGAGAACGUGACGGAAAUUUUUGACCGUUACGAACCGUUAGAGUUGCAGUUACCACGUGUUCGCACGUACGACGUUGUUUUUAUAUACGUGGUACGUGGCGGACACAGAGAGAUUUUAGCGCGUCUUUGUGCGAGAUUUACACGCGUGUAGGCUAGUGGAUUCGUUAGUUCAGCUCGUAUUUUAAUUUUUUUUUUACUUAACGAGGUUUAUUUUUGUCUUGGGCCUUUUGGCUUCUUUGAUAAUGACAGAAGUAAUUAUUUUAUUGUUUCAAUUUUUAGUCUCACUUGAUAAAAAGGAAAAUAGUUAAAUAUUUUAUUUUAAUUUCGUUUUGGAUUUUUGUAUGCAUUAAACAUCAUUAAAUUUUACAUUUAUCUCUAGUUGAUAUAUUUUUA